AAAUUCGCCGGAAUUAUUAAGUAAUCAUAAUGAACGAUCUCGACGGUCUCUUAGCUGCCGAUUUCGGGUUCAAACCGCAGGGCAAAGCGGCCCCAAUGGCUGCAUCCAAAGGAUCUUCGAAUGCCCCCAAUAGUAGAAGCCUCAACUUCGAUUUGGGAUCCCGCGGUGCAUCCCGAUCCACUGGUAGCUUUGAUUCUUUCGGUGGUAAUUUUAUGGAUGAUGGUGAUUCGCCGUUUAGAUCGUCGGGUAAUCAGAAGAAUCAAGAUACUGGUGGUUUCGAUGAUCUGUUGGGGGGCUCUGCGAGAUACUCGAGCAAAUCGGAGAGUCGCGGAGCUGAUGCGUCGUUCAAUUUAGAUUCCAUGUAUCCUGGGUCCAGCGAUUUUGGUUCCAAGUCUAUGAACCCCCCUGUGUAUGACAAACCUGUCUAUGACGAUGACAUUUUCGUCGGCGUCCCGGGGUUAAAAAGCUCGUCUACAGCUAAUUAUGAUGAUGUUUUUGCAUCGGUAUCUUCGGCCCAGAAAGAAGUAGUAGCGCAUUGGAUGAUCUUCUGGGUGGGUUCGGUCAGUCUAGGCAUGAUGAGAAGAGAUCGGAGAAGGAUGACAAAAAUAAUCAAGAUUUUGACGGUUUGA